AUGCAACAAAUCGCUGUAAAGAACUGACGUGAAUGUCGCACGUCGUUGCGCGCUGUGCGGGGACUCGGGGUAUAUAAGCAGCGGAUCGGGACUCGGGUUGGCACCACUGAGGCGCAGCAACAGUCCUGUCGAGCCAACGGCCGAGAACAUGAAGUGCGCCGUGAAUGUCGCGGUGUUGGCUGCGCUGGUGGGGGGUUCGCUCCAAGCGGCUUCCAGACUGCCACCAUACCUCAAACCUUGCUCCAGGAGUGAUCCCGAACUAAACUCCUGUGCUUUGAAGAAUGGGAUCACAGCGAUUCCAUUCCUGCUGAAAGGAGAUGCGAAAUAUCACAUCCCUGUCCUGGAUCCUUUACACCUGAAGCACAUAGAAAUCACUCAAGGAACAGGUCCUGUAAAGAUAUCCUUGGCUCUUGACGACUUGGACUUGACGGGUCUGAAUGACGUUGAAUUGAAGUCUGUGAAUUUUGGCGUGAACCAGAGAGAUAUUGGAAUUGAAGUUCUUAUAAAAGUCCCGGCGCUGACGUUCGAAUCAAAGUACAAGAUAGUUGGACAGGUCCUUAUCCUGCCCAUCAAAGGAGAUGGUGACAUGAAUGUAAGGUUUGAAAACACUCAAGUCAUGAUCAAAAUCAGUUACGACCUGGCCAAGAAGGAAGAUGGCAAGGAAUACAUGAAGCUUCAUGACAGCUCUCUUCACUUUAAGAUUACAAAGGCAAUCUUUGAAUUCAAAAAUCUAUUCAACGGAGACAAAACUUUGGGCGACAACAUGAACUUGUUCCUGAACGAGAACUGGCAGGAGGUGUUGACGGAGUUGAAGCCCGUGUUGUUGGAGGCGAUUAAGCCCGUCCUUCUGCCGAUCAUAGACAACUUGUUCACUGCCGUUCCCUUCGACGAGGUCCUGCCUGCAUGACGUCACAAACAACCCCUGCAACAUUCCCUGCACUUCUUGUGCAUUUAAUUAUACUCAGUAAACCAAUCAGCAAUAAUUUAACAUAUAUUUAUAUACUCGUUUUAUAUUGCUACUAUAUAUAUUGUUAAUACCCUCUUCCUCAAUUAAAAUUUAAAAUCGUAUAUAUUUUAUCAGAAAACAUUUGCUUGUUUUUUUUAAUUCUUAAAUGAUUUAAACUGAACCUGUUUAAAUGCGUUAUUUCUGGUUACUCUAUAUGUCAUAAAAAUUCUCAGUAAUUGACAAAAAAAUAUUUAUACGAAAACACAUAGAAAACAAGUCAAUUUCAGCCGAAUUAAAAAAAAUAUAAAGAACUUAGAGAGCACAAAACAUACCGUGGUAGGAGUUAGUCAAAAAAUAAUACAGCUCAGACGGACAUAUUGGGCUAACACAAACGAUACAGUAGCAACAAUGACAUUGAAAAAAAAAUCGAUUUUGGACGACACAGUGAAAAACAAACGAUCCCAUCAUUGAAUCUUGACAGAUAAUAUGAACAACACAGAGAAGCACAGGCAAACCCAGUGAUGUGACAAAAUACAUAUUCUGAACCCCACGACGAUAACACAGACAAAUAAAUCAGGCUUCCCAAGACAAGAGUGCAACGUUUCGGAAACUGAGAUCUGUUCCCGUUCUUAGGCACAGUUGGAAUUUUCUAUGCUGUCUUAUGUUCUUAAUAAUUUUUUGAAAUCGGUUGAUUUUGACUUGCUUUAUAAGUGUUUGUAUGUUCAUCUGUUUGCCAAUAUUUAUUUUAAUGUUAUUGAGUUAUUUUAACAGAAACUAUGUACCUGUCAAAGGCGUAUGUUCACAAAAAUGUUAAAUUAAACUUUCCGUAUGUAAGAACUAUUCAAUAAUCCUUUUAAUGUUUGAAGUUGGGAAAUAAGCAGUAAAAAACUGGAAUAUAGUCAAUACUCAUAGUAUCAAAAUCCGUGUUGCACCAGUUUUAAAGAAAUAAGUUUUAUAACGAUAGUAAUAAAAUCAAAUUAAUAAUACACCUAAAUAUAUAUCGUAAUUGUAUUUAAAAAUUGCUUACGAAAGCUUUGGUUAAAUGUUUUGCAAACAAAACAAUACUGUCGUAACAUUAUACACUGUUUAAGUGUUUACAUUUUUGUGCUAAAAUGAAAGCAUUAUUUGGUUGUUAAAAGCUAAAUUCUUGACUGGACUAUUUAAUCAUUUUGACUAUUGAGUUAGUUAUGAUAAUCAAGAGAAUUGUAUUGCAGUUAUAAUUUUUUUGUUGAAAAUUAUAUUUGAGGUAUUGAACAAUAAAAACCUACUUUAACUGCUUAUUUAUUUAAAACACUAUUGUUACAUUUGUUACGCAGACGUUUAAUUAAAAAACAUACAAAUAAAUGAAAUGAUGGUCUUAGUACAGCCCACGAAAAUUUUAAAAAAUUGACGAAAAGCUUUGCGGAACCAAUAUUUUAUGUACGUCAGUAGUCUCUAUGUUUUCAUUGUUGUUGCACAUUUAAGCUAUUAAAAGAGCUAAAUAUCUGGAAGUAAGUCUCUGCUUUGACCUAUGUCUUCGAGAAGGAAAGUCUUGUGAAGAAUUUUUUUUAUGUGUAGUAACUUACAAUAGAUAUAGAUUUGAAAUAUUGUUGCAGAAAGGAAACGAUGUCGAAAUUACAAGUUUCUGUCACUUUUAUACAUACAUUAUUAAUGGGUUUUUUCAUCCUCCUUCAUCAAAUAUCAAACGCCUGACUUUCAUUAUCUUUCAUGUGAACUUUGACGUGAUUAUGUAGGUCAGCGAUGCUUUCCCUGUCUUUCAAUUUGCACAAAUAAAAUAAUGAUCUAUUCUUCCAUGAUUCAAGUUGUCUGCAACUUCAGUUACACAAUAUUUUAAAAAACUGCAUUAAAAUUCCUGGAAAUAUUA